AUGGCACGUAAAGCUCUAGAUCCUAAAAAGGACGGUAACAACGAAGAAAACGAAGAGGAAGAGGAUUAUGACGAAGAUGAAGAUGAAGACUACGAUCCUGAGAAAAAGCAACAAGACGAGGAACACGAAAGCGAAGCUUCAGACAACGAACCUGAGCCAGACUAUUCUGCUAUCAAUACUGGAGUGAGUCAGGUCAGAACACGUACUCAGAGGUACGAAGAAGAGCUUGGUGGCGGUGCUAAGAAACGCAGACUAGAUCCUAGUGGUCUACUACAAGACGAGCUGAAGGUGGACGUGAACGCCAUCUUUGAAGCACUCAAGAGUGGCAAAGACGACAGUGACUGGACGAAGCUAAUAGAUAAAGAUGCUGUGCCUGAAGAAAAGCCACAGGAACCUACUACAGAAGACCCACACGAGACGAGAAUGGUGAGAAUCGAAACUUCCUAUACAUUUGCAGGCAAAUUGGUCAAGGAGCUGAAGCUCGUGAAGGCCGACUCGGCCGAAGCCAAGGCUUACCUUAAUUCUACAAGUGGAAUCACGUUAGCUGGUGAAGGCGAGGGCCAGAGGAAGCUGUUUGUUACAGUGAUAAGACAGAUAAAGGGUACAGAAGAGCAGGUGCCGCUCAUGAUCAAACUUAAAAGACCUUCCCUUAUAGACAAGUUCCUCCAAGGCGACAAGAAGAAUAAGCUUACGACACUUGAAAAGUCGCGUCUCGACUGGGCCAGUUAUGUUGACGAAGAGAAGAUCAAGGACGACUUGGAGCUCCACAACAAGGCCGGUUACUUGGACAAGCAAGACUUCUUGGGCAGAAUGGAUGCCAGAAGAGACGUCCAGUACCAAAAGGCCAAGGAGCUCGAACGCCAGAGGCAAUGGCAGCUCCAGCAGAAGCAAGGAUAG